AUGCUGAGGAGUCCUGGGGCACUUUCCCAUGCGUUUAUCGCUGGUGAAGGCUCUGCAGUGUCUACACGAUGUUGCAGUGCUACCGAAGCUCCACCAGUCGAUUCGCUGUUUGGUGGCGUCAGCUGUAGCUGUUGCGGCAGUAAGCCUAGUCUUGUUCCACAUAAAAUGAUCCAAUUAUUGUCUGGGGGUGCAACAGUACACGACUUUUACCAGGUUGGGAAACUCCUCUCUAUAUGCACGAUCCCAAAGCCAGUGCAGCAGAAGCCUGCUCAAACCCAAGGGCAGCAGCCAGAGCAGCCGCUUGACGAUUUGUCGAUGAGAGCGGCUACGGAUUGGAACAGGCCGUUAUUAUAUCAUGCUGUUACACAAGAUGAACGCAGAGAGAAGAAGGUUCUAAAGGUUGUCAAGAAGAAAAAAGGAGCAGUGCAAUCAGAAGCAGAUGGGGCUUGGCGUCGCAUGUGCACGCACAUGUUGAAUUUGCCUCCCCAUCCAAAUGUGUUGUCGUUUGAGGCGGUGCUGGAGACCUCGGACGCCUUUAUCUUUGCUUCUGAGCAUCUGGAGGGUGGAGAACUCUUCGACUUUUUGCUCAGAGAGAAAUCGAUUCAUGAAGACGUCUGCCAGUUCAUUACGCUGCAGAUCCUAAGGGCUGUCGAUCACCUACAUAGACAUAACCUGCUUCACAGAGAUGUGAAGCCAGAGAAUCUGAUGUUUCGCCGUCGCCAGGGCCACGAUGCCGCAACUUCUCCCAGAUACCGGCAGCAUUGGCAACACCACAAACGACGGGGACAGCACAAGCAGGAUGGAGCAGCAAUGGUUUGCAACGAGGAGGAGGACGCUAUACCUGGCCCCUUUACGUUGUCAAUGGAAGAGCAACAUGAGCUGCUCCUAAUAGACUUCGAUACCUCUAUGUUCAUCCAUGAUCCUUAUGCCAACAAAGUUGGGGAAGCGGGAUCGUCUCCUCGGAGGCUGGUCGGGACCUAUGGGUAUCUAGCCCCUGAGGUCCUGAAAGCCGGCCACUACAGUCGUGCCUCUGAUCUAUGGAGUGUUGGCAUUAUUCUUUACAUCCUUAUGACAGGUGCACCACCGAUGCCGAUGGAAGAAAUGACGUCAGCCCGCUCUGCUCUUAAUGCCAUCAAGAGAGUGGUAGAAGAUGGAGGAGGUAUAGACUUUGAGGCAGCAUCCCUCGGCGAGUUUCCACUGGCCAGAGAUCUGUGUCGCAGGCUGUUAGAGAUUGAUCCAGAAAAACGUAUUCAAACGGCGGCACAUGCAAUGGAACACCCUUGGCUCGACGUGGUCCGCAACCGCCCCUUGAGGUCGUCGACGACUCAUAGUAUAUCACCCCAUACUCCUACGUCUGCAUCUGGGCAGCCCCCCGAGGGCGUUUUUUCAUGCCCCCGCCACCGUUACCUUGUAGUUGAUGCUGACAACGUUGACUCCAACGGAUGCCCUGGUACUCCGGAGUACACCGCACGCCAGGCUGGCCCUGAAGUCCCCGGUGCUUCAGGGGGAACUGAACAAGCGGUGUAUAACCAGGUGCAUAUUCACGGAGAAGCCGCUGGACACAUUUUACACAAGCUUUCCUUUGUGGCUCCAGGUGUGCUACCAGAGGGGAAGGCAGCAAGGGAAGGGAACAGACACGCACUAGCGGUAGUAGCGCCAGCAGCUACAGCAACCGCAGCAACUUCAUCACCGCAUAGAACCCCCACAGAGGUUUCCUCACUAGAAAGCAUAAGGACUAGUGGUGCUGAGAGUAGCUCAAACAGCAGUAAAACCAGCGGAAGUAAUGAUGCAAAGAUUUCCGCUACACUGGAGGAGCUUCCCUCUUUGAUUUCACUGAAGAAGGAUCACGGCAUCUCAAGGGCAAGCAUGAGUUGCAUUACAGCGGAUUUGGGCCAACAUUACUACAGCGGGAGUUUUCCAACACCCGAAGAAGCCCCCGGGGUUUCUCAGGGAACACGACACAACAGUGGCUGGAGUUGCGCCACAACAGUGGGAGGAGUAAUACCUGGAUACAGCACCAGUACCAGUAAGGGCGGUGUAGGAGGCAGCUUUUACAGCAUAGGAUCUCCCUAUAAUACCCCGCCUUUUCUGUCUUCGGCGCCAGCAGGGGGGCCCCAUCCAGGGGACAUCUGCUGCAGCGUGUCUGUGUCUCCUGCGUGCCUUUUUGUGGAACCUGAAUCCCCGCUUGGUGCCCCUCUGGGCCCUUUAGGGACUGAGUCCUCGAGAGGGCGUUACCGAUGGCCACAUUUCCAGAGGGGCGGGCCCGAGUGGGCAGCAGCAGCAGGCGACGACUGCAGUGGUGCUAGUAGAUCCGAGGCAAACGCACAGACUUGA